GGCCGUGACUGGCCUUCCACUUUAAUGUUGUAGGUGGUGGUGUGUGCACCUUUAAAUCGGAUGUGAUCCGCCAACCCCAAAGAAGAAGAAGAAGUUCACUAUUGUGGCUAGCUUCACACAGGUGGAAGAACGGACCAUGAAAAGAUAGUAUAGUCGUGGAAAAUCUGAACUAUUUAUAUUUUCUAAAAUGAAAUAGAUCAAAGUAAUAGAAUACGUGUAAAAGAUUGCGAAUCUAGAAUUGUAUUUAAACAUUUACAAACUUGACAAGAACCAACAAACCAAACGGUCGAGUCUGGUCGAAGUUAGCUUGUUCGGCUAAUCAGUUAGCUAGCUAAUCAACUAUCAAGAAAAACGGCUAAACUCCUAACAAAAACAAAAAAAAUGAUCGUUUAAACAUCAAAUAGUUUCCUUUUAGGAAUUAACUUUUGAGCUACGGAUGAAAAAAAAAAAAGUGUAAGAAAAUCCCAACUCGUGAAGAAACACAACAGCUAACAGCUACAACUGUAAUGUUGUUGGGGCAACGGGGACUGGUUCUCCGCUGUGGUAACCCGUCGGUGUGUCGACGCUGGACACCUUGGGUUCAGUGGCGACUCGGGGGUUUCUUUUUCCUGCUGUUGCUGGAAGGGACCUUGUGUCUCGCCAACCCCAGCAUUAGCACUGUCUCUGCUCUGGACAUCAACAACCACCCCAGUGUCAACGUCUACAUGAGUGAGGAGGAGGUCAGCAAGCUUUUGGGUCUAGAUGCAGAGCUGUACUACGUGAGGGAUGACGUGGUAAACCACUAUGCUCUCUCCUUCAUCCUGCCUGUACCCAGCGAGACCAACAGCCUGCACUUCACCUGGCGCUCCAAGGAUAAGGUUGAUUACAGGAUGGGUUUCCAUGUAGACAAACCUGCAGCUAUGAACCAACCACAGAGCAACAUCUCUGCCCAGGGGGAGGUGCCUCGCACAGCCUCAGGUCUGUCAACCAAUCAUCACUUCCCAUCCUCCACUGUGUUCAGAGUGGACCUGUUCUGCUCAGGGAAGGUAGAUGGAGAGGCGGUCCUGACGGUACAGCUCAACCUCACCAGCCACUCGAACAACUUCACAGUCCUCAACUUCAAGAGGAGGAAAAUGUGCUACAAACGAAUUGAUUCUGAUCCGAAGAUUACACCGGUCUCUAACAACAAGACCAUUCAGAGGCCGGAGAAUGGAGUGUCCAUUCCUACCACCUCUACCAGGGUGUUCUAUAUCAGUGUUGGGGUGUGCUGUGCUGUCAUCUUCCUGGUGGCCAUUGUCUUGGCUGUUAUGCAUCUACACAGCAUGAAGAGAAUAGAACUGGACAACAGUGUUUCAGACAGUGGCAGUUCCCAGGGCCUGUCCCAGCCGUCUACCCAGACCACCCAGUACCUGAGAGCUGACACACCCAACAACGCCAGUGCUGUCACCAACCAUCACCCUGGCACUGCACCCGUUCUCCAGCUUGCUGCCGCCACCUUCCCAAACCCUGAAGCCCCCGUCCAUGAAACCAGAAGCUACCCGUCACUGCGUAUUGAGAAGAACGACCUGAGAAGCGUUAGUCUGCUUGAAGCCAAAGCCAAGGUCAAAGACAUCUCCAUCUCCAGACUGAGAGUCACUCUACGGGACGUCCUGCACGAAGGAACAUUUGGCCGCAUCUUCCACGGUGUUCUGUUGGACGAAAAGGACCCGGCCAAGGAGAAAUGUUGCUUUGUGAAGACAGUGAAAGACCAUGCCUCUGAGGUGCAGGUGACCAUGAUGCUGACAGAAAGCUGUAAACUACGAGGACUUCAUCACAGGAACCUGCUCCCAAUCAGUCAUGUGUGUACAGAGGAAGGAGAGAAGCCUAUGGUACUACUGCCCUAUAUGAACUGGGGUAACCUCAAACUGUUCCUGAGACAGUGCAAGCUGGCCGAAGCCAACAACCCACAGGCAGUCUCUCAGCAGGACUUGGUCCACAUGGCGAUCCAGAUCGCAUGUGGGAUGAGCUACCUGGCCAGGAGAGAGGUCAUCCACAAAGACCUGGCCGCCAGGAACUGUGUUAUUGACGACAGCAUGCAGGUGAAGAUCUGUGACAACGCCCUGUCCAGAGACCUGUUCCCUAUGGACUACCACUGUCUGGGAGACAACGAGAACAGACCGGUCCGCUGGAUGGCCCUGGAGAGCCUGCUCAACCAUGACUUCUCUAGUGCUAGUGAUGUGUGGGCGUUUGGUGUGACCCUGUGGGAGUUGAUGACCUUGGGACAGACGCCCUACGUGGACAUCGACCCUUUCGAGAUGGCAGCCUAUCUGAAGGACGGAUAUAGAAUAGCACAGCCAAUCAACUGUCCUGAUGAACUGUUUGCGGUGAUGGCCUGUUGCUGGGCCCUGGAUCCAGAGGAGAGGCCUAAGUUCCAGCAGCUGGUCCAGUGUCUGACUGAGUUUCAUGCAGCGUUGGGGGCAUACGUGUAAAAUCUAGCCCCAGGCUUCUGUACGGACCAGGCCCGGGAGUUACUGGACAGCACUAAUCACAACGAGGAAUACAUUUACAAACCUUUAUGCCUUGUAGAAACGAAAGAAGACUUUCAUUAUUAUGAGAAUUUAUUUUCAGAGUGAGGUUUCUAUAAUUUGUGCUUCAAAUGGAUACUCUGAGGUCGUCAUAUUUCCCAGUAUACCUCACAAGCUUCCUGAACAGACCUAUGCCCUCACUAUGAAACGUGGACCCACAAGGACGUGACCUCUUUUGGAAGAACCUAAGAAGCGUAUAUGUGCCAACAAGCUGUUGCCACCAUUUUCCUAACAACUACACUUUGAGGACUUGUUUGUAAAGACAUUUUUUUCCUGUUUAUUAUCUAAGAAAAGAGAUGUACAUUUAUUGUUGUAGAUCUGUGGUUUUCAGUGAGCGGAUGAGUCCACAGUAGACCAGUGAGCGGAUGAGUCCAUAGUAGACCAGUGAGCGGAUGAGUCCACAGGCUUCACGUAUAGUAGUGGGGAAUUCACAUCUUCACCUAGUACACUACGUAGGGAAUUUGGGCCGCAGAUGGGGCUUCUUCUGUGUACUUAAAGACAUGCUGGUUCACUCUGUCAUGGUACGAUAAACUAAAGGUUUGUACAAGAGGCCUCUUGGGGGGGGGGGGGGGGGGGGGGGGGCAGCAAAGGCCUAAGCAGCUCUGCUGGACGUUAUAUUGGACAAUGACAUGUGGAAUGUCUCUAGUUCAACAGAUCUCUACUGAAGGACCUAUUGAACAUUGUCACACGUUAGUUUUCCUCUUUCCUUAGGAGCCAAUGGAGCGUUAGCAUAGCCGGGGACGUUGUUGUUGUCGCCCACAUCCCAUGAUCUCCUCAGCAUCCAUUUACCCAGUAGUGUGCACCAGACUGGAUGAUAUAGGCCUGUUACAGUACACUACAUACCCAGAUGGGAAAUGUUUGGUUUCUGAGUUGUUGAAGCUACCCAUUGUACCCCUUUUUGAAAAUCGCAACGAUCAAGUUCACUAUCAGUCAUUUCCCUCAGAUAUUUAUCUAACAGGGUUGUCGUCAUGAAUAAUAUUCUUGUGUGUUUUUUUUUACUUUUGACUGUUCUGUGUCAGAACAAAACCCAGCUACCAACCACACACGUUGUUUUGACAAUGACAAAGUAUGAAUUUAUACUAGAACACUUAUCCACUGUGAAAACAGAAUUUACGUGCCAAUCUGAUGACGACAUGGCUAGCUCUGGUCCCGAGGCGCUACGUGCUGCUUGCUCACGCUGAGCCUUCACCUAGCAGCAGGUAAUGACCUGGACCAGAGCUACCAACAUGGCCUCGUCGUAGACCUGUAGGAUGUCUACAGGGAUCACUGCAUGUUGAAUUUAAAAAGUGUUCCCAUCUGUAAACUGAAUUCAUACACACAACAAAAAAAAAUAAACUAAUUUGUUCUGA